AUGGGAUCUAUCACUCUUUUACAGCGGACUCUGUUACGCAUUACCGACGAUAUAGCUGUCAGUGACCCUGAUCGGCUAUAUUGCGUUCAAUCAAUCUCGCUCGAUGUCUCGCAGGGAUGGAAGGAUAUUACAUUCUCAGGCCUUGUAGCUGCCGCCAAUCGCAUGGCUCAAUGGAUUGAACAGAAUGUGGCACCUUCUGGUACCUCAGAAACUUUGGCUUAUGUUGCUACCAAUGACGUUCGCUAUGCCGCAUUCAUUUUAGCGUGUAUGAGAUUGCGGCACACUGCACUUCUGCUAUCAACGAGAAACUCUGAGCAGGCAUCGCGUCAUGUAAUGAGCGCCACUGGCUGUACGAAAAUUGUCUAUACUUCGGAACGAAACCGACAGAUCGGCGAUCUUACAGCCGCCGAUACUUCUUUAAAGGCUUGGGAAGCCCCGGGUCUAUGGGAGACAUUCGACGACAACUCACCGAACCCUGUGAUCCAGGAACCGGUUGAGGACCAUGAAGAUCGGGUGGCAAUUUACAUACACAGCUCUGGAACAACAGGAAUGCCCAAACCAGUUCCAAUGACCAAUGGCUAUCUCAUUGCCCUGGACGGGCUUGGCUGUCUUCCAGUACCGGAGAACAGAUCACCAAGUAUGCAUUUCCCUGCCCUACGAGGUGUACGCGGCGUUGCUAUGAGCCCUUUCUUCCAUCUCAUUGGCAUAUUGUAUAUUAUCUCGCCGAUGUUCUUCUCCACUCCCUUUGUUUUGAGCCCGGACAAGCCCAUGACAGCAGAACUGCUGGCCCAGAUUAUCGAAGACAAAAGGCCUCCCGUUGGCAUAUUUGCUCCUUCUAUUCUCGAGGACCUUGUUGGAUCGGAGCUGGGAAUCCAGUGCUUGAAGAGUUUUGACUGGAUUUCCUACGGGGGUGCAGCUUUGGCCCCUGAGGUUGGAGACCGCAUCGUCGAAUGGACACACCUGCAGACAGUACUGGGAACAAGUGAAUGUGGGAUUCUUGGAGGGUUAAAAACUCGAGACAGAAAGGACUGGGCAUAUUUUGAGUGGAAUCCACAUGCUGGGCUCGAAAUGCGCGAUGCCGGAGAAGGCUUUUUCGAGCUUGUAGUCCCGCGUGCAAAGAGUCGAGAUGCCCAGUGCGUCUUCCACACCUAUCCCGACAAGUCAGAGUAUCAAACCGGUGACUUGUUUGUUCCUCACCCAGAGAAAGAUUAUUUAUGGCUCUACUGUGGUCGCAAAGAUGAUAUCAUUGUUCUGAGUAAUGGAGAAAAGUUCAAUCCAACUACUAUGGAGGAAAUUAUUACUGGGCAUCCCCUUGUCGCCCGAUGUGUGGUGAUUGGUCAAGGUCGCUUCCAGUCUUCAGUUUUGAUUGAGCCCAAUUGGGAUACAUGGAGUGGCGACGCAAGUGAAUUGAUCAAUGAGAUAUGGCCUACUGUCAAAAAGGCAAAUGAAGCUGCUCCAAGGCACGCGGAAUUGAUGAAAAAUCGCAUUGGAAUUUCGACUCAAUCGAAGUCAUUCCAGCUAACACCGAAAGGAACCAUCAAGCGAAGAUCUGUCCUGGCUGAUUAUGAAGAGGAAAUUAACAAGCUUUACGCAGAUUACGACCAGGCCGACGUUGCACAGCUUGCCAAAGAGGCUACUCAACAAGAGAUCACUUCGUAUAUCACGGCAGCUCUCUCGGAGAUUUUGGAUGUUCCUACUUUUGAUGGGAAUGCAGACAUUUUUGCAUUGGGCCUCGAUUCCCUUCAAACACUCCGUCUAGGCCAAGUCCUUCAAGCAUCUCUUCGGACUGCACGUCCCGAUCUCGGUGCUGCAUUUGGUAGCCCACAGCUUUACUCCCUACCGACAGUCGCCCAGCUCACUGGAUAUGUCUCUGGUCUGCUUCAGGGUCAAAGUUCGGGUCUCGCUGAAGUUGCUGAAGAAAGCGAGAGCGAAAGAGAAGCAAGAAUUGCGGACCUGGUUGGAAAAUAUACCGAUGAUCUCGGAGAAAGCCACGCGGUGAUUCUCACUGGCUCUACAGGCUCUCUUGGGGCCUAUUUGCUAUCUGAGCUCCUUCGUGAUCUCAGUGUUACCAAGAUCUACUGUCUCAACCGAUCUGCAGAUGCAGCCGCACGACAGUUGUCAAGCCUGCAAGAGAAAGGCCUUGCCUACUUCAAGCAGUUCCCCCGUCGGGUAGAGUUUCUCCAGGCCCAGUUUGGGGCUGAAAGACUCGGGCUGGAAGAUUCCAAAUAUGAAGAGCUUUUGCAGGGCGUCGACACCAUUAUCCAUAACGCAUGGAAAGUCAAUUUCAAUCACCGAGUGGAGGCCUUUGAGCAGACCCAUAUUGAGGGAGUGCGUCGCUUGGUCGAAUUCAGUAUCUCCAGUGAUCGAAAUGCCCAUAUUCAUUUCAUAUCGUCCAUCUCCACUAUCGAGGGAUAUAGUCCUGAGCGCGGCCCAUCCAUUCCUGAGGUGAUCUACAAUGAUCCCAGCUCGGCACUUCGUCAGGGAUAUGGAGAGUCAAAACAUGUAUCCGAGAGGAUUUGCGCGGCUGCUUCUGCCCGAGCUGGCGUUCCUACCAGUAUUCAUCGAGUGGGACAGAUCGGGGGACCAACAACUGAGAAGGGAAUGUGGAAUAAGCAAGAAUGGCUUCCGUCGUUAGUCGCAACGUCUAAAACCCUUAAGCAGAUUCCCAAGUCUUUGGGGUCAAUUACGGUGCAGUGGGUUCCAGUGGACGUCACUGCUAAGGUCAUUGCCGAGACGGUUCGGACUCGACGAACUACACAAGAAGAUGAGCCAUGUGCCGCUUUCCACAUCGUCAAUCCCAGAGUGGCGGAAUGGCCAUCGUUGAUCCCCGCCGUGACCAAGUUCUUUGACGUCGAGCCUGUCGAUUUCCCAACAUGGAUAAAAUCUUUAGAAGGCUUCACCAACCCUACGGAAAAUGACCUUAAGGAUAAGCCCGCUCUCAAAAUCUUGGACUUUUUCCAAGCCUUCGCAGCGCUCGAGGAGGCGGGUCCGUGGACCGAGACAACAAAGACACAAGCCGCCAGUAAGACUCUGCGAGAGCUGAAGGCCAUUGAUGCUCCAUUAAUGGAGAACUGGAUGAACCAGUGGAAAUUUUGA